AUGAAAGGUCACGAAAUUCAAUCAUAUUUAAUUUAUUUGUGCACAUUUGUUGCUAUGAUAUCUUGUAAUUUAGACUGUCCUGUUGAUUCAAUUUACAAUGAAUUUGACAAUGCGUGUAUACCAUUGAACCUGAUAUUGCGUGAUGACAUAAAUAUUGACGAAAUUUGCACGGGUAUAUUUUUUUCUCCGAGACCACAUCCAGAAGACAAAACCCUUUAUAUUGGAUGUAUGAGAGGUUUGCCUAUGAUUUUGAGAUGCUAUGAAAAUGAAAUUUUUGAAGAAACUCAGCUUGAAUGCAUUUUUCGAAUUCCUGAAACUACAACUGAACUUAUAAUAACGACAACCACUGAAAUUCCUACUGAACCUAUAACAACGACACGGACAGAAGUUUUAACGGAACCAACAACCACAAAACCGAAAAAUCCAUGUGAAGGAAUUACAACCGGACAAAUUCCACAUCCAACCAAUUGCACUUUAUGUCAAAUGUGUAUCCUUCAGCAAAUCGUCGAAAUUGAAUGCAAAUGUGAACCAGGCUUAAUAUUUUGGAUCAGUGAAUGUGUAAUUGGUGACAGUGAUACUUGUGAACCUUGGAAUUAA